AUGAGGGAUACAAUGCCCCGAGUUGCAAAGAGCGUUGGUCUGGAGUUGCCAUCUACUGGUGGAACUUCAUUCGUAGCCGUCGAAUCUCCUCUGAAAGAGAAGGUGUGCGACUGGAGGUGGGACCCAACAGCUAAAGCAAGCACUCUACACCCUCCGACCUCACUUUUCGAUUACGAGCAGAUGACGGCAAUGGAAGACCUCUUCCUGUUGCCCGCGGGAGACCAUCGCUCGGUGUGCUCGGAGAUUAUCGACACAAAGAACUCGGUCAUGGCCAUCGACCGCCGGUCGGUAAUAUCCGAGGCUAAAUUACAUCAUAGAUCGGUUUCGUAA